CCUCAAUGAUAUAUAUUUCCCAGGUAUAGUUUAGGAAACAUGUGUGAAAGACCAUAUGAACUGGUUCACAUGAUAAAGGUGGGACGAAUGCUUCCAACCCUUCGGCUUACGAAACAACAGUCAUAUAGUUAACUUAGCUACUAGUGGUCGGGUUGUCAUGUAUACUGGCCUCAGUCCAAAAGGUAAUGGUGAUCGCUGAGUAACCAUAGCUACCAAGGACCUUGCAGGGCAUAUUACACAUAUGCUCCAAGGUACUCAUGCGCGUUAGGAUAUUACAGUGAGCGAGGCUCACUGCAUCUUAAAUCGCAAAUAGACAUCCUUACUCACAUAAUGUCUUCUUUCAAUGCUCACAAUGUCGAUUUAGGUACGGCAAGUCAAGAAGAUGUCCUCUGCUACCUAGCACUGUCUGAAAAUGACUAUAACGGGCAUCUGGGGGCCCGUAUAUCUUCUAUCUUCGUUAUCUUCAUUACAUCAACCUUCUUUACCCUGUUCCCGGUGAUUGCCAAACGAGCCCCCCGAUUAAAGAUCCCUUAUCACAUUUACCUCUUUGCCCGAUACUUUGGCACGGGCGUUAUAGUGGCUACGGCUUUCGUCCACCUGUUGGACCCCGCCUACAGCAGUAUCGGCCCGAACUCAUGCAUCGGAGUUUCCGGACACUGGGGAGACUAUCCCUGGUGUGCAGCCAUCGUCCUCACCUCCGUCGUAACGAUCUUCCUCCUGGACCUGGGUGCAGAGAUAUACGUGGAGUACAGGUAUGGAAUCCAACGAGACGACGGUGCGACAGAGGCAUUCAUCACGCAGCCCAGUUCCUCAGACACAGACAGCACAUCCCAAGUCGUAGAGGCCGGCACGCCGCCCACCCGAAAGAACGCCGACAUCCACAAAGAGGUGGCUUGGGCACGGUCAGAGCGGGCCUUCAAACAAGAGAUUGCGGCCUUUCUGAUCCUGGAGUUCGGUAUUAUAUUUCAUUCCGUCAUCAUCGGCCUGAACCUUGGCGUUACAGGCGAAGAGUUUUCAACUCUUUACCCUGUGUUAGUUUUCCAUCAAGCGUUUGAAGGCCUGGGUAUCGGGGCGCGUAUGUCGGCGCUUCAUUUUGGUUCCCGUCGGUGGCUGCCAUGGGCACUUUGUCUUUUGUAUGGACUUACUACACCUAUUUCUAUCGCUAUUGGGCUUGGGGUGCGGACAUCGUAUAAUCCGGGGUCCAAGAGGGCGAUGAUCGUGCAAGGUGUGCUGGAUGCGAUCUCCGCUGGGAUUUUGAUUUAUAGUGGGUUGGUGGAAUUAUUGGCGAGGGACUUUUUGUUCGAUCCUGGCCGGACAAAGAGGAGAUCGCAUUUGUUCGUGAUGGUGGGAUGCAUGUUGUUGGGGGCUGGGAUCAUGGCGCUGCUUGGAAAGUGGGCAUAAAGAAUGCGGAGAAGAAGAUCAUUGACAAGGGCAAAUAAUGAGGGAUGGUCAGGUGGGCCAGUGAAAAAAGGAGGAUUUCCC